UAUAUAACCGCCAGAAGAAAACAGAGAGAAUAUAAUAACAGUGUACGAAGUAGUAGUGUAGGUUGAAGGGCAUUGAAAUAAGUACAAGAGUGGUACAUAACUAGAUAUAUACUUAGGUUCUUGCAUGAAGAAGAAAAUGCAUGGGAAUAAGAGAAAGAAAGAGAGAGGGGAUGAAUUAGUAGAUUACAUAAGGAAAGGGCCAUGGAAGAAAGAGGAAGAUGAAGUGCUACUCAACCAUGUAAGCAAGUAUGGCCCCAGAGACUGGAGCUCCAUUCGAUCCAAGGGUCUUCUUCAUAGAACCGGCAAGUCUUGUCGCCUUCGUUGGGUCAACAAGCUUCGACCUAACCUCAAGAAUGGGUGCAAGUUUACAGCGGAGGAAGAGAGGGUUGUGAUAGAAUUGCAGGCACAAUUUGGGAACAAAUGGGCUAAGAUUGCGUCCUAUUUGAGUGGAAGAACAGACAAUGAUGUCAAGAAUUUCUGGAGCAGUAGGCAGAAGAGGCUUGCUAGGAUUCUUCAGGCAUCAGCAUCAACAUCCACCUCCAAAUCACACAGGAACAAACCUAAACUUCAUCAUCAUCUUCCCACUUUCCAGGUAACCAUUCUAACAUUUCUCUUCUGUUUCCAUGCCGUUUAAAUUCAUCCAUUACAAUACCAAAGAAAUACACAUGACUGAUGAAAAUUUGCAUUGAGAUUCUAAUGAUUUAAGCUAGUAGUUUCAACUUGGAAAAUGGGUAGCUAGAAUAUUCUUUUUUGUUCACUUGAAAACUUUGCUAGAGAGUAAAAAUCAUGCUUUCUAGAUUUUUUUUUUACAUAUUCUGUAUGCUAUGUACUUUCUCACACUGUAUGUGAGUGUGAACCGAAAACUUUUACAUACAAUUCUG